UAGUACUGCAACUCCUUCGCCAACCUGAUCUCCCAAGCUUACCAAACUUGUAAGUCAUAGAUCACUAGUGAUCAUAAGUUAUAAACAAGACGCUCAGAGAACAAUCUCAUAUUGUUAGCUGAGAUUAUAAAAAUGAAGAAGGUGUUUUCAAUGGAAAGCUCCCUCCUUUGCUUAGCAUUGCUUCUGCAACUAUUCUUGUUGGGUGAUUGUUCUUUCAUAACAGAGUGGACAAGAAACACUCCCCGAAGAAUCAAUGGCGAAGUACCUGCAUCGUCUCCUCGGCUGCAGUUACGGAUUGAAGAACAAUAUGUUGUGAUGAACAAUGGCCUCCUCCAAGUCAACUUAUCAAAGCCGGGAGGAUUCAUUACUGGUAUAAGUUACAAUGGAGCUGAUAAUUUAUUGGAGAAUCGAGACAAGGAAGACAGUAGAGGCUAUUGGGAUCUUGUGUGGAGAAGGCCUAAUACUGGAUCCAAAGCAGGAACAUAUGAAAAGGUCCAUGGGCAAAAUUUCAAGGUCAUAUUGGAAAAGGAAGAACAAAUUGAGCUUUCAUUCACAAUGACAUGGGAUUCCUCUACUGGAGACAAAAGUGUUCCCUUAAAUAUAGACAAAAGGUUUGUAAUGCUAUCAGGUCGCUCUGGUUUCUACUCAUACGCCAUUUAUGAGCAUUUGAAAGGAUGGCCCGAUUUCACCUUGACAGAAACCAGAAUUGCUUUCAAGCUCAGCCAAGACUUGUUUCACUACAUGGCCGUAUCGGAUAAGAGGCAAAGGAUCAUGCCCACAUUAGAAGACCGGGCAAAUGGUCAACCCUUGGCAUACCCCGAAGCAGUUAAAUUGACAAAUCCAAGCAAUCCUGAACUCAAGGGAGAGGUUGAUGACAAGUACCAGUACUCCUGUGACAUUAAAGACAGUAAGGUCCAUGGUUGGAUCAGCUUCAACCCUCCCCUGGGAUUCUGGAUGAUCAAUCCGAGCGGUGAGUCCGGUAUAGGUGGGCCUGUCAAGCAGGACCUCACCUCCCAUGUAGGCCCCACAACACUUGCGAUGUUUGUUAGUAAUCACUACUCUGGUGAGGAUCUAUCAGUGAAGUUCAGUAAUGGAGAGCAAUGGAAAAAGGUUCUUGGCCCUGUUUACAUAUAUCUUAACUCGGCCUCUGAUGGAGAACAUGCCACUAAACUUUGGGAUGAUGCAAAACAACAGAUGAUGAAAGAGGUACAAAACUGGCCAUACGGUUUCCCAGCUUCAGAUGACUUCCCUUCUUUGGAUAAGCGUGGGAGUGUUAGUGGUCAAUUAUUUAUCCAAGACAGGUUCCUUCAUAAGCAGAAUAUACCUGCAGAUUCUGCCUACUUGGGUUUGGCUGCACCAGGAAAUGUUGGAUCUUGGCAAAGAGAAAACAAGGGUUACCAGUUCUGGACUAGAGCUAAUACCGAUGGAUCUUUCUCCAUAAAUGGUGUUAGACCUGGAAAUUAUAAUCUUUAUGGAUGGAUUCCCGGUUUUAUUGGAGAUUACAAAUAUGAAGCUCAUAUUACCAUAACCCCAGGAUCCAAAUUAAAUCUGGGUAAUCUUAUAUAUGAACCACCAAGGCAAGGUCCUACCUUGUGGGAGAUUGGAGUCCCUGAUCGUACCGCAGCGGAAUUUUUCGUGCCUAGUCCUAAUCCAAACUAUAUAAAUAAACUUUAUCUCCGUAAUCCAAACGGCAAUGGUAAAGGUUCAGAAGCUGUGGAUACAUUUAGACAAUAUGGGUUGUGGGAGAGAUAUGCAGAAUUGCAUCCUAAUGAAGACCUUGUGUACACUAUUGGUACUAGUAACCACAGCAAAGACUGGUUCUUUGCUCAUGUUGAUAGAAGGAUUGAUAACAACACAUUCAAGGCAACCACAUGGCGGAUUAUCUUCAAACUUUACAAUAAGACCAGAAACCCAAAUGAAACUUAUAUGCUGAGGUUGGCAAUCGCUUCUGCUUCAAAUUCUGAACUGCAGGUUCGGUUCAACAAUCUGAAUGUGAAUCCUCCUCACUUCACAACUGGGUUAAUAGGAAGGGACAAUGCAAUCGCAAGACAUGGAAUCCAUGGACUAUAUUGGCUUUACAACAUUCAGAUAAGGAGUGAUUGGCUUACUGUUGGAGAAAAUAUCAUAUAUUUGACUCAAACAAGACAUAUAACCCCUUUCCAAGGAAUCAUGUAUGAUUAUAUCCGUUUGGAAGGGCCUUCUACUUUUAGUUGAAACGAUGUUAGUCAGGUUGAUGAUUUAGGGAAAGGGGUUCCCAAAAUCAAUACAUGCAUUCACUGGGGGCCAAAGGGCAAUAAAUGGGUUAUAAGAGGAACCAGCUAGUUUAGCAGGGCUAGCUUGAGUCCUGAACCCCAUUGUCUAGUAUAGUUACAAGCCCCAUAUUUCACUAUGUUAUAGGUCUAUUUACCAAUUAAUAAAGUUUCUUUCAUCUC